GGAGGGCUGGCACACUGGCGAGUUCAGAGGUCAGGGAUAGUACUGGCAAUAUGGCUUCCAUAGAGAUGGAUUGAAUGAGGUUUUUUAUGCACCAUAUUAACUGAGGGCAAUAUUUUACAGGUCUUAUCCCCAACUUCAACUUUAUCCUCAUUCAUCGCACAUUCUGCCCUUACGCGCUCCUGCGGUGGCGGAGUGAAGAUGGCGGAUGUAGUAGGAGCUGGACUGUCAGAUGAAAAAGAGGCAGAAAACGACGAGAAGAGAGGGGAGAAAUGCGUCAGGAACAGAGGCGUAAGGAUGGGUGAAAUAAACACAAAAGACAUGGCCGAAACGCUGAGUUUUUACCAGAGACGUACGGUGAGAAAGGAGCAACAUGACACCCCAGACUCAGACCCGUCCCUGCUGCGGUUCAUGUGUGCGGAACUAACCAGGGGCUACUUCCUGGAACACGACGAAGCAAAGUACACAGAACGCCGAGAGAGAGUGUACACAUGCAUGAGAAUCCCCGGAGAGCUGGAGAGGCUGAUGACCUUCGGCGUGUUCCUGUGUCUCGAUGCCUUUCUGUACGUGUUCACUCUGCUGCCACUGCGGACUUUCCUGGCCCUGCUGCGCAUCCUCACCAUACCCUGCUGUGGACUCGGGGCAAAUGUCUGCCCAUACUGCAACAGGAGCAGUGGGGCACGUCUGCUGCAGCCCGCCCAGGUGUGUGACCUGCUGAAGGGGCUGAUCAUGAUCCUGUGCUUCUGCAUGAUGCACUACGUGGACUACUCCAUGAUGUAUCACCUGAUCAGAGGCCAGUCCGUCAUCAAGCUCUACCUCAUCUACAACAUGCUAGAGGUGGCAGAUCGUCUCUUUUCGUCCUUCGGUCAGGACAUCCUGGACGCGCUGUACUGGACGGCCACGGAGCCCAAGUCCAGGAAGAGGGCCCACAUUGGAGUCAUCCCCCACUUCUUCAUGGCUGUCUGCUAUGUCUUCCUCCACGCCAUCCUCAUCAUGGUGCAAGCCUCCACACUCAACGUGGCCUUCAACUCUCACAACAAAUCACUGCUCACCAUCAUGAUGUCCAACAACUUUGUGGAGAUCAAAGGUAGCGUCUUCAAGAAGUUUGAGAAAAACAACCUGUUCCAGAUGUCCAACAGCGAUAUCAAGGAAAGGUUUACCAACUAUGCCCUUCUGCUCAUCGUUUGCCUUCGCAACAUGGAGCAGUUCUCCUGGAAUUCAGAUCACUUGUGGGUCCUCCUCCCUGAUGUGUUGAUGGUCAUUCUGUCUGAGAUGGCCGUGGAUGUUGUCAAGCAUGCUUUCAUCACCAAGUUCAACGACAUCACUGCAGAUGUCUACAGUGAGUAUAAAGCCAGCCUGGCUUUCGAGCUGAUCAGCAGUCGACAACAAAACGCCUACACGGACUACAGUGACUCUGUGGCCAGGAGAAUGGGCUUCAUCCCUCUGCCUCUCGCUGUGCUGUUGUUACGAGUGGUGCUGAGUUGUGUGAAGAUCCAGGGGGCGUUAUCGACUGUGUGUUUGCUACUGUUCUACCUGGGGUUGCUAACGCUGAAGGUCCUGAACAGCAUUGUGCUCCUGGGGAAGUCCUGUAAGUACGUGCGGCAGGCCAAGAUGGAGCAGAAGCUGUUUGAGAAGACACCCACUGCCCCCCCAGCCAAGACCGCCAGCAGGCCUAGCAAACCCAAGCCCAGCAGCUCACCAGUCACACCAAAAGUCGAGCGUCCCGUCACCUCCAUCACAAAGCAGCCGAUGCCUCGUGCCGAGAUCAUCGACCCGGCACCUUCGCCUGUUGUCAAGGAGACUGACCCAGUCGAGACCCCCCCUGCCACACCGUCCCCCAAAGCAGAGGACACAGCCACCCCUCCAGACUCUCCGGAGAUGAAGCACCGCUCACCCAAGAAGGACCUGCUGGAGAUCGACCGAUUCACGAUAUGUGGGAACCGCAUCGGCUGAGCUCGCCAACGCUACCUCCUCCAGCUGCCACGCACACAGCCAAAGACCUGCACAGAAGAGGAGAGAGAAAGAGAGAGAGAGAGCGGGGGUGGGGGGCACGAGGACUCUUAGUAAAUUAUUCUCCAGCUGAGUUAUUAUUUUUGCCAUUUUCUCCUCCAUUCAUUCCACCCCCUGAGACUGUGUUUUCCUCAGAGAGCAUCAUAAGGGGGGGCAUGGAGACCGCUAAUGAGCAUUCCAAUAGAGACGGUGGGACUGUGUCCAUGGAAACGCUGAGUGCACACAGAAUGUCUGCCUCUGGUUGGUGGACUAAAGGUGAGCACUCCUCCACUCAGGCCUCGGCAGGGCUUCCAGCUGCAGACUGAUGAACAAUAGAAGUGGCACACACAGAAGACUGGACAAAGAGCAAAAUGCCCACAAUGGCUGGUCAACUCAUUUUAUGCCCUAAACAUUCGAAUAAAAACUAAAUGUAUGAAUAUGUUAAUGUAUAUAUAUUCAAGAUUUACCAUUAACCAAAAUGUUUUAUAUGGGAAAUUAAGGAUAAUAUAUUUUCUGUGCCAUUGUUUUGCUCUAGUACAGUAGUGGGCAACAUGUAGGCACCGCUUAUUGAGGAGCUUUGUCUUUUUUUGUGGGCCCUAGGAAAUGUCAGCCAUUAAUGUUCUAGUAUCUUCCGUAGAUGUUUUAGAAGCAACCGAAACAUUUUGAAUAGAAAACGCUGCCAAAUGAAUGCUUUCAUUGCCAGGACGCUAAAGACUUCAGGACAAAUGUCAUAAUUGCUGCAAGACAUUUUCUUAAAACCUUCGAUUUAGUCCAGAAAAUGCUGGAUAUUUCACAGGCAGAGCAGUGUGAUAUGUCUAAUAGGUUAAGAUGCUUAUCAAUAACAACACUAUUAGGGACUGGGGAUAUUCCGUCAGGACUAAGCAGUGAGAAUUUGCACUUUCUUACCACACUGUCUUAAUCUUGACGCUGCAAGUGUUCACAACCAUCGGUUUCCAGGUUCAAUUCCUUGUAACAUUUUUGGUUUUCAUGACAAACCCUUUAUUUUUAGUAUUUGUAAUCCAAGUUGAGUUGGUUUUUGAUGGUGAUGGUGAUAAGACUUAAUUGACCCACAUAUUUUGAUAAAGGUUGUUCACAUUUCUGUUUUCACCGAGUAGUUUGGAAAUAGUAUGUAGCCAAAAUAUGUUACCCUUUCUAUGAUUACCACUUUUAUAAUUAUUUUAACUGAAAGUGUUAUAUUAUAUAGAAAUAUUAUUUCUGUACCAUCACAUAGCUGUGGUAACUGCUGUAUGCUAAUGGGUGCAGAUGGAAUCACUGUUUGAAGUGGCAGCCAUGUUUACGUACUUGGCCUGAUAAUCUAUUGUCAUAGAUCUGAUUCCUCAUCGUAGACAAGAAAUGAGGCAAAGUUGACUUGAAAAGAUGUUUGAUUUGCUUUUGUCAUUUUUCAUUGAAUGUUGUUUGAGAACAGUAGAACUAUACAUUUGUACUGGCAACAAGCAGACUUUGUAAAACAUGUCUAAAUUAUUUUAUGUCAUUUUAGUAAUUAAAAAAUAAUAAUGGGUCUUUUUUUAAUGACUGAGGGUUAUACAGGAAGGUACUUUGUGCAUUAAAUUGUGUAUAGGAGUUGUGACUGAACUCUGAAGUAUUUUUGUAACUCUUCAAAUGUGACUAGUACUGAAAAUAUGUGUCAAUAAUUUCAUGUGUUCAGGUUUAACAUCUCGUUUUAAACUGAUGUAUUUUUGAUGACAAAUAAACAAUGUUUUGUAA